AUGAAGGACUUCACCGAAAUCGUGCUUUGCCCAGAGGCUCUGGAACACUGCAAGGGUGAGGAGCCCCGGGCAGCACCAAGGGCUGAGUGCCCCCCAGAUGAGGAUGGGACCAGCCCCACAUCACCGCGGGACGGCCUUGGCCAGCAGCUCUGGGGGCAGGCAGGCUGGCAGUUCCGUGCCGACUUCAAGUUCACCUGGCUCUGCGUGGCUCUGAUGAGCGCAAGCUGGCUGCCCACCGCCGGCACCGCAGCACCGGCCUGCGGAGGGACCCUGCGGGGCGCCGAGGGCUCCUUCAGCUCUCCCAACUACCCCAGCCCGUAUCCCCCUGAUGCACUCUGCAUCUGGCGCAUCGAGGUGAGCCCGGGCUUUGCCAUCCAGCUGAAGAUGGAGACAUUCAGUGUGGAGGGCACUGCCUCCUGCCUCUUUGACCGUGUGGAGCUCUAUGAAGAGCAGGGUGCUGGCAGCAUGGACCCUGCCCCAGCUCGGGGGGGUCCGACCAGGUUUUGUGGCAACGUGGCACCCCCGACCUUCAACACCAACUCCAACCACCUGCGUGUCACCUUCGUCUCUGACAGCAGCGUGGGUGCCCCAGGCUUCAGUGCCCACUACCGUGCUGUGGCCCCCAAUGACAAGACCUGCGCCUGGGAUGAGCACUUGUGUGACCAGGGGCUGUGCCUCCACCCGGGCUUUGUCUGCGAUGGCUUCCACGACUGCACAGACAAGAGCGAUGAGGCCAACUGCAGCCUCAAACACAAAGAGUGCGGGGGGCCACUAACUGCCUUGGAGGGGCACUUCUCCACCCCAAACCAUCCCCAGCCAUACCCACACCAGCAGCUGUGCCUCUGGCAGAUCUCAGUGCCCGUGGGACACGUCAUCGACCUGCACUUCCACAACUUCAGCCUGGAGACGCACGAGGACUGCAGCUUCGACUUCGUGGAGGUGCACGACAGUGCUGGCACGGGGGCUGCCAGCCUCAUGGGCAGGUUCUGUGGCCAUCAGCUGCCACCCAUCCUGACUUCCUCACGCCAUGUCAUGACCGUCCUCUUCGUGGCAGAUGAGGGAGUAGCAGAUGAUGGAUUCUUCGCCACCUACCAAGCUCACAAUGCCACAGAGAAGACCUGCAGCCCCACAGAGUUCUCCUGUGGGAAUGGCGAGUGCCGGGCGCUGGAGUCUGUAUGUGAUGGCUGGCACGACUGCCCCGAUGGCACCGAUGAGCUGAACUGCACUGGGGUCUCCUACCCAGCCUUUGGGUCUGUCUGUGAGCCUGUGGAAGUGGAGAUGUGCCUAGGGCUGGGCUACAACGCCACCUCCUUUCCCAACAUCUGGCUGGCCAUCCCAGACCAGGAGGGAGCUGCCGAGGUGCUCCAGGACUAUCAGACACUGAUGGAGCUCGCCUGCUACCAGCACCUCCGACUACUCAUUUGCAGUCUCUUCGUGCCCAAGUGCACCCCGGAUGGGGGUGUCCUGCAGCCCUGUGGAGCCUUGUGCCUGGCUGCCGAGCUGCGGUGCCAGCAGUCCCUCGGCCUCCCUGGCAUCCUCUGGCCCAUCAACUGCAACAUCCUGCCCGACUCCAAUGACCCCAUAGAAUGCUUCCAGCCCUGA